GAAAAGAAGAAAAGAAGAAAAAAAGAAAAAAAGAAAAAAAGAAAAAAAACAUUUCUUUUUGGGCCAGGGAGAUGGUUCACUUGAUAAAGUACUUGGCAUGCUAAAAUAAAGACCAAGGAGUUUGGAUUCUGGUGUCUGUGUAAAAGCCUUGAAUAGAUGUCUGUGCUCGGGAAAGAGGCAGGGUGGAAGCAGGAGGAUCCCUGGAACUUGCUGGCUUGCCAGUGUAGCCAGUGAGUGAGCUCUGGGUUUGGUGAAAAAUCUGCCUCAAAAAGAUAAAUGUAGACAGAGAUAUAGCAGAAGGCAUCACCUGAAACUCUGCCCUCACGUGCACGAGUACCUGCAUACACACCACACACAUCAGAACUUUUGUUUACUGAUUUGUUCACAUACUUUGCAAAUUAAGGAAAUGAGUUCUUAUACUCUCAUCUCUGUUGCAAAUCAGCUUCCCCUUAAUUGUUUUUGGUGUAACCCUUAUUCCUUAGGAUCUCAGAUGACAGAGCUUGGAGUCGGCCUGCCUAGUUGGAGACCUGACUCGAUCACCUAACUAACCGUAUGCGCUUGGGUAGCUACUCGGACCUUUCUGAGCCCUGUUGUUGUUCCUGUUGUUCCUAUCUCUCCAACACUGGUAAUAGUGUUACUUCUUGCCCAAGUCAUUGGGUCCUGUGCGCAGGUGCGGCACCGAAUCAUAUAUUUGACAUUGAAGCUGUCGUCAGCCCAACUAGUGUGUUAUUAACAUGGAAGCACAAUGACUCAGGCGCUUCAGAAUGUAGAAUAGAGAAUAAGAUGGAGAGCAAGAUGUUUCCUGGUAAAAACCAGACAUCAUGUAACAUCACAGGCUUAAGCCCAGGUACUUCGUAUACAUUCUCCAUCAUCUGUGCAACAACCAAUGAGACCUUGAACAAAACUAUCACAACAGAGCCCUGGCCAGUGUCUGAUCUCCAUGUCACUUCUGUGGGUGUGACACAGGCUCGUCUCACCUGGAGCAAUGCAAAUGGCACUGCCUCCUACCGGAUGCUGAUUGAAGACUUGACCACACAUUCCUCAGUCAAUAUUUCAGGUCUGAAGCCAGGGACCAGUAAUAGCUUCGCUUUCCCAGAAUCAAAUGAGACACAGGAUGACUUCGCAGUUGCAAAGAAUGUCUCGGCAGAUGUCAAUGGUACCAAGAGAAUCCCAGUGACCAACCUAUCCCAACGACACAAGAAUUCUCUUGCCUCUGUGGACCCACCCUCUGGCCAGGAUCCCUCCCUCACAGAGAUCUUGCUCACUGAGCUAAAGCCUGAUACUCAGUACAAUGCCACCAUCUAUUCUCAAGCAGCAAAUGGCACCGAAGGACAGCCCAGGAACAAAGUGUUUAAAACAAAUUCCACCCAGGUUUCUGACGUCCGAGCUAUGAACAUCAGUGCCUCAAGCAUGACCCUGACCUGGAAAAGCAAUUAUGAUGGGUCCCGUACUUCAAUUGUCUACAAAAUACACGUGGCUGGGGGGACCCACUCCGUCAACCAAACUGUCAAUAAGACUGAGGCCAUCAUCCUUGGACUCAGCUCGAGCACCUUGUACAACAUCACAGUUCAUCCUUUCCUGGGUCAGACGGAGGGCACACCAGGCUUCCUCCAAGUGUACACUUCCCCCGGUCAGGUCUCUGACUUCCGAGUGACGAAUGUCAGCACAAGGGCAAUUGGUUUGGCUUGGAGGAGCAAUGACUCCAAGUCCUUUGAGAUUUUCAUCAAGCAGGACGGAGGUGAGAAGCUUCGAAAUGUUUCGACGGGAAACCAGAGCUAUAUGGUUGAAGAUUUAAAGCCUGGAACCAGUUACCGUUUUGAGAUAAUUCCACGAGGACCAGACGGGACGGAAGGGCCGUCCAGUACAGUGAAGGGGAGCACUGACCCCAGUGCCGUGACUGACAUCCGGGUGGUCAACAUUAGCACCACUGAAAUGCAGUUGGAGUGGCAGAAUACGGACGAUGCUUCUGGAUACACUUACCAUUUAGUUCUAGAGUCUAAAAGUGGCUCCAGCAUCAGGACCAACAGUUCUCAGAAGUGGACCACAGUAGGGAACCUCACCCCAGGCACCUUAUACAAUGUCACAAUCUUUCCAGAAGUGGACCGGAUCCAGGGAAUCUCCAACUCCAUUACCCAGUACACACGGCCCAGCAGUGUGUCCCACAUUGAAGUAAACACCACCACCACCGUGGCAGCCAUCCGAUGGAAGAACGAGGACGCAGCCUCUGCUUUCUAUACCUACUCCGUCCUUAUCUUGAAGACUGGAGAUGGCAGCAAUGUAACCAGCAACUUCACAAAAGUCCCUUCUAUUCUAAUCCCCGAGUUAAUCCCUGGCGUCUCUUACACAGUGAAGAUCUUUACACAAGUUGGGAAUGAUACAGCAUCACUGGUACCUGGUUGGAAGCGGUUCUGUAUGGAACCUGAACCAGUGGCCUCCUUCCACUGUGAAGUGGUCCCUAAGGAGCCAGCAUUGGUUCUCAAGUGGGCCUGCCCCUUUGGCAUGUACACAGGCUUCGAGCUGGGGGUCAGGAGUGAUUCCUGGGACAAUAUGACACGCCUAGAGAACUGCACUUCGGAUGAUGACACAGAGUGCAGGACAGAAGUCACCUAUUUGAAUUUUUCUACCUCGUACAACAUCAGCAUCGCCACCCUGUCAUGUGGGAAGAUGGCACUUCCCGCCCAGAACACCUGCAUCACUGGCAUCACAGACCCACCUACUCCGGAUGGAUCCCCUAAUAUUACAUCGGUCAGUCACAAUUCAGUAAAGGUUAAGUUCAGCGGGUUUGAAGCCAGCCAUGGACCUAUCAAAGCCUAUGCUGUCAUUCUCACCACCGGGGAAGCUGCCCAACCUUCUGCAGAUGUUUUGAAGUACACGUAUGAGGAUUUCAAAAGGGGAGCCUCGGAUACUUAUGUCACAUACCUCAUAAGAAUAGAAGAGAAGAGACAGUCUCAGGGCUUGUCUGAAGUCUUGAACUAUGAAAUUGAUGUGGGGAACCAAUCCACUACCCUCGGCUACUACAACGGGAGGCUGGAGCCUCUGGGCUCCUACCGGGCUUGUGUUGCUGGCUUUACCAAUAUUUCCUACAAUCUUCAGAAUGUCGGCCUCAUCAAUGGGGAUGAGAGCUAUGUGUCUUUCAGUCCAUAUUCAGAGGCCGUGUUCUUGCCCCAAGAUCCAGGUGUCAUCUGUGGAGCAGUCUUCGGAUGUAUCUUUGGUGCCCUGGCCAUCACAGCUGUGGGAGGCUUCAUCUUCUGGAGAAAGAAAAGGACAGAUGCCAAGAAUAAUGAAGUGUCCUUUUCUCAAAUUAAACCUAAAAAAUCCAAGUUAAUCAGAGUAGAGAAUUUUGAGGCCUACUUUAAGAAACAGCAAGCUGACUCUAACUGUGGGUUUGCAGAGGAAUAUGAGGACCUGAAGCUGAUUGGGAUAAGUUUACCUAAAUAUACAGCUGAAAUAGCCGAAAACAGAGGGAAGAACCGCUACAACAAUGUUCUGCCCUAUGAUAUUUCUCGAGUCAAACUUUCAGUCCAGACCCAUUCGACAGACGACUACAUCAAUGCCAACUAUAUGCCUGGCUACCAUUCCAAGAAAGAUUUUAUUGCCACACAAGGACCUUUACCCAACACUUUGAAAGAUUUCUGGCGUAUGGUUUGGGAGAAAAACGUAUAUGCCAUUGUUAUGUUGACCAAAUGCGUGGAGCAGGGAAGGACCAAAUGUGAGGAGUACUGGCCUUCCAAGCAGGCUCAGAACUACGGGGACAUAACUGUGGCGAUGACAUCAGAAGUCGUUCUUCCAGAAUGGACCAUCAGAGAUUUUGUGGUGAAAAAUAUGCAGAAUAGCGAGAGCCAUCCUCUGCGGCAGUUCCAUUUCACCUCCUGGCCUGACCACGGUGUUCCUGACACCACUGACCUGCUCAUCAACUUUCGGUACCUGGUCCGGGAUUACAUGAAGCAGAUACCCCCUGAGUCACCAAUCCUGGUGCAUUGCAGUGCUGGGGUUGGAAGGACGGGCACUUUCAUCGCCAUCGAUCGCCUGAUCUAUCAGAUAGAGAAUGAGAACACCGUGGAUGUGUAUGGGAUUGUCUAUGAUCUUCGGAUGCACAGGCCUCUGAUGGUGCAGACAGAGGACCAGUAUGUUUUCCUCAAUCAGUGUGUUUUGGAUAUUAUCAGAGCCCAGAAAGACUCAAAAGUUGAUCUCAUCUAUCAGAACACAACCGCAAUGACAAUCUAUGAAAACCUCGAGCCAGUGAGCAUGUUUGGAAAGACUAAUGGUUACAUCGCCUAGUUCCAAAGCAAACCCUUUCUGAAGCUAACCGGACCGUCACACCCACAGUGAAGGAGAGCGCCCUGACGGGACAUGUUUUAUAUGUCUCCUUUCUCAGUUCUUUGUUCUGUUCUGUUAGAACUACUUGGAGGGCAUGGGGCUGUGCGUGCAAAAGCAUGGCAGAUAGGCAGUGGGGUGUCAGGGGCUGUGGACGGGUGGUGUGGAAAUCAGCUGCCUUCCUGAUCACCAAUGGGAUGGGUUCACUUUUUGUUUUUUUCCUUGAGAAUUGUGGAAAACCAGGAAAAGUGAGCUAUGUUUUUGUUUCCCAAACUGGUUUGUUCUUCUCUUUUCUCCCCGUCUCCCCCCCCCCUCUCUCCCCCCUACCUCUCUGUAUUUUUUUUUUUUAAGACUUUUAUAUGAUUCACAUGCUAAAGCCAGGAUUAUGUUGGGUUGAAUAUAUUUUAAGUAUCAGAGGUC